UCGCUGUGGCCGUUUCUAGGAUACAUCGAGUUAGCAAAAGCUUGCAACGGAUUGUGUCGCUUGCACUCAACGGUCGCCAUGGCCUCGAUCGUCGACGGUGUAAAUGUUGUUGGCCUCGCAGGCGGGGUCGUUCUCGUGCUCUGCGCCUUCCGCCCGCUUCUUUGGCUCGUCCGGGCCAAAGCCGUCGACGAGAUCUCGGUUGUAUGGACGGUACUGCACGCUGCUGGCCUCGUCUGCUCGUGCGUCUACCUUGUACUCUUGGAGGCGUGGGCGGGCGCGCUCCCGUUGGCCCUCGAGGCCCUUCUCGCCUUGCUUACGGUGCCAUUGCUCGUGUACUUUCGACUGCAGCGCGCGACUCAACGCCAACUAAGGCCGCGUCGGCGCCAGCGGUCGCUCUCGCGUGGCGGCCCCAGGACCCACGACUUCAACGACGAAGUGCGGUGCGCCGAGGCGGCCCUGCGCCUCGCUGCAUGGUUUGUUGAGGAACUCGAGGCCCUCGAAGCCGCCAUUGGCCAUGACUUGGACGUUCGGCGCGCGCCGCUGUCGUGGACGGUGGGUUUCGCCCUGCCAUUGGACCCGUCCAUCGAUGUGUCCUUUCUCGAGCAGCGGGACGGAUCUGCGCGCGUCACGUGUGUGGCAUCGAAGCGCGUCUCCCAAGCCAUUUUGCGCCAGUUUGUCGCCGACUGCCGGCGUCUCGGCCAAUUGGCGUUUGCGGCGACGUACUCGCCCACGCUGCCAGGUCUACCACGCGCUUUGGUGACGUCGCCAAGCCACGUCAUGGAAGCAAUCGCGCCGAGCCAUACCGCUGUCGAGCUGUAGACACAUUGUACAAUCUAGCACUUUAUUAAUGUUCAUAUUAACACGAUGAAUCAACG